AGUGGAGUAUGGGGACCAUUUAAUAUGAUGUGGUUAUGUGGUACUCAACUAAAUGGAAGGACUGUUGGAAUUGUUGGCUUGGGAAAGAUAGGCUUGGCUGUCGUGGAACGUUUAAUUCCAUUUGGUGUCGGCCGAAUAAUCUACAGUGGGCAUUCCGAAAAGUCAGAAGCGGCUAAAUUUAAUGGCACUUUCGUCGACUUUACUUCAUUACUACAACAAUCUGAUAUCGUAAUCAUCUGCUGUGCCCUGACACCGCAAACGAAAAGUCUUUUUGAUCAAGCUGCCUUCUCCCAAAUGAAAAAGAAUGCAAUUAUGAUAAACAUUAGCAGAGGACCAGUCGUCAACCAAGAUGAUUUGUAUGCUGCUCUAACCACCGGACAAAUUCAGGCUGCUGGACUAGAUGUCACUACUCCAGAACCGAUUCCUACUGAUCACCCGUUAAUGGGGCUUAAAAAUUGUGUAAUCUUUCCACACAUUGGAAGUGCAACAACUGAUACUAGGACUGAAAUGAUUAUGCGGACAUUCUACAACUUAGAAGCUGGUCUAACUGGCGAACGUCUUCCUUUUUCUGUCUACUAA